AUGUACUCCGACGACGGGGAGCGCGAGGGCCAGCAGCCCUCGGGUAACAAGCCCGGCAAGGUGCCUCGGCGGACGCCCAUGGCGUGCCAGUUCUGCAGGGGACGGAAGCUCAAAUGCGAUGGCCGCACGAUGUGCGCCAACUGCCACCGCCGUGGGCUCCAGUGCGUCUACAUGCCUGUGUAA